CUUCCAAAGUCUUAUUAUUUGCUGGUUGGUUUUGGGGUUAAGUGGAAAGUUGCAACGUUUUCCCUUUUCGAGGAAAUUACCCUUUUUCUUCUUCUUCUAAUCUUCUUUUAUUUAUUUUCUUUGUGGUGGACGGUAGUAAACGUAGUAUCUUGUAAAGAGCGUUAAGCCCGUCGCCUUUGGGGGUUUACUUAUUUCUUAGGGCAUCUCCAUCGCAGUCGAUAUCGAUGUGUUUUUUUUUCCUCGUUGGAAGAUGAAGCGCUUCCCACCCUCAAAAGACUGAUAAGAAGGAUUUACAAAAACGUAGGCGAAGUAUGCCCCAAUUUUACACCGAAAUUGCUUUAUUUGUGAACAUGAACAUAACAUGAACAUGAAGCCUGUACAUCUCGGAAUUUCACUGAUAUACUGCAAAUCUCUCUUCACGUCGCUUCGCGUGCCUGUUUGGAAUCUAGCUGUGACGAUUAACAGUGGGUGAUGUCUUAAUAAUCUUUGAAUUUCUUCAGUCCCUUAGUUCACGAGAUUAGGUUUUUUUCUGGAGGGAUGUGGAAUUAUCCCACUAUUUUGAGUGGAGUGGUGUCAUUCCUUCCUACUCUUCUUCUUCACACAACUCUCCUCUUCACACGGCUCACCUUCUUCCCCUCAUGCCAACCCCGACCCCAUUCCGCUCCUGUAAUCUUGAUUUUUCAUUUUCUUUCUUUCGCGCGAACGGGAAGAUUUCUCAAAGACAUGUACGAUGUAGCAGCACAACAAUGCUACGCGCGUCAAGGUUCCCGCGAACUCUCCAUCAAAGUGGGUAUAAAUAGUGGAGUAGUCUCUCCGUGUCUACUCCUCAUUCCACCUCGCCUCUGCAAAUCUCGGGAUACCUACGAUGAACCAUAA